UAACAAUUUUUCUCUCCUCCACCGGUACCAAGCCAAAACAUAUUUAAGUUUUUCUCAAUACGUAAAGCGAGCGAUUUGAAAUUAAAUGUGCAAUAUUUGGUGCGCUAGUUAAUCGUGUUGGGUGCAUUUUAAUUCGCACAAAAUUGAGCUACAUAAAUCCAUCAUAUUGCUAAGAAACCUUUGGCGUUGCCAGCAGCAGCAGCAUCAACUACUGCUUCGACUCGGCAAACAAUCUGCGUUCCUCGCCACUGCAAAAUCAACGCAGGAAUCAGCCAAUUUUAGCAGCGACCCGGCAGAAAAAACCUCAUCACCAGUUGUAGUAACUGGUAGUCACAUCAUGAGCGGUCGGUAUCGCGGUGGUGGAGGUUGUGGCGGUGGGGGAGGAGGUGGUGGGCGUUAUGGUGGGGGUGGCGGCGGUGGUUACGGUGGUGGCUACAAUGACUUUGAUAACUACCGUGGAGGCGGUGGCGGCUGUGGAGGAGGCUACAACGACAAUUACGGUCCAGGACCAAAUCCCUUCAACAUGGGUCCCAAUAUCUCGGGCAAUGAUCUGAUGCAAUUGAUGAGCGCCAUGGCCAGCAACUUUAGCAUGAACUCGCAGCUACCACAGCCGAUGCGUCAGAGCUGUGGCGAGUUGCGUAAUCAUCACUGCGGCAUGUUUGUUGAGCUCUCGGGGAGACUGAUUAAAAAGCGCGUAAAUCGCUUUGCUGAGUUGCGCGAUCGCAAUGGCGGCGCUUGCCAGCUGGUCGUACUGGAGGACAAGCAUCCCCGCGUGGCGAGACGCAUGAACAACAUGCCCGAGAACACAACACUGACAAUCGUCGGCCAAGUGAUGCGAAGACCGCACAACUCUUGCAACCAGACAAUGCCCACCGGCGAAAUUGAGGUGGAGGUGCAGGACAUACUCAGCAUACAUUUCCCAGCCAGUGGAACGAAACGUGCCGGCGAUAAGCGCACCUACAGUACCAUGGUGCAGCAACAGAGCAGCCUGGGUAUCACCAGCACCGAGUACAAGAUUGCAAAGAACGAGAAUAUUUUGAAAUACUUUGAGAAUCGCGAUCUCACCUGCAAUGACUUGCGACGUGAUGAUGUUGGCAAAACAGUGACCCUGGUGGGGUGGAUACCAUCGACCAAGAACAACAAGUUCUUACAGCUGAAGGAUGGCUAUGGUCAGACACAGCUGAUGAUCGAAGAUCAAUCUUUGAUGGACACAUUCCUGUCCACACCGGAGCAAACGGUGUUGCAAAUCGUCGGAAAAGUGCUGGGCAGGCCAAAAGCAAACAUAAAUUUGAAAUAUGACACUGGUGAAGUGGAAGUCAGUGUGACCAAUGUCAAGGUCCUAAAUCCCGACGAUCCCUACGAGGGUCCCAUCAAGGUUAAAGAGAAAUUGCAAAAGAUGUCAAUUGAUGAUCUCGAGGCCGAAGAGGCCGCUGCCGCCGCCGCUGCUUCUGCUAACAAUGCCAUCAGCGCCAACAAUGGCGAAGGCAACAUGGAUGGCAGCGAAUCGGCUGCACCCAGCGCACCCCAGUCGAGUGCCGAACAGUUGCGCAUUAAGGUGGCGGACACCAAUAAAUUUGCAGAUCGCACACACAAUUGCGGCGAGCUGACUUCCAAUGAAAUCAACGAGAAGGUCGUCAUAUGCGGCUGGCUGGAAUUCCAGCGCAUGAACAAAUUCUUCAUAUUGCGCGAUGCGUACGGCCAGACACAAGUGCUUAUAUUACCGAAGACAAAGGGCCUAGAAGAGUAUGCCGAAUCGGGUGUACCUAUUGAAUCGAUUGUGCGCGUCGAGGGCACCGUCAUACCGCGUCCAGCAGCCACCGUAAAUCCCAAAAUGAAUACGGGUCAUGUCGAAAUCGAGGCCGACAAGGUCGACAUACUCAAUGCGGCCAAAAAGAAUCUCCCCUUUGAGAUACGCAAAUUUAAUCGCGCUGGCGAACGCCUGCGUCUCACGCAUCGUUACUUGGACUUGCGCUUCAAUGACAUGCAGCACAAUUUGCGUUUACGCUCGGCGGUCAUAAUGCGCAUGCGCGAAUAUUUAAUCAAUUAUCUGGGCUUUGUGGAGGUGGAGACGCCAACGCUGUUCCGUCGCACACCCGGUGGUGCCCAGGAGUUUGUCGUGCCCACACGUAAGGCUGGCCACUUUUAUUCGCUUGUGCAGAGUCCCCAGCAGUUCAAGCAGAUGCUGAUGUCCGGCGGCAUUGAUCGCUAUUUUCAGGUGGCGCGCUGUUAUCGCGACGAGGCCACGCGUCCGGAUCGCCAGCCGGAGUUCACGCAGCUGGAUAUUGAAUUGUCGUUCACCAGUCGUGAUGAUAUUAUGCAAUUGAUUGAGGAGACGCUACGUUAUUCGUGGCCCAAGCAUUUGCCCAAGCUGCAGACACCAUUCCGGCGCAUCACAUACGAGGAGGCCAUGGAGAAAUAUGGCAACGAUAAACCGGAUACACGUUUUGGCUUUCUGCUUAACAAUGUCUCGGAGAUCAUCGAGAAGAGCGAGAAUUUCAAGGACAAAUAUGAGAACUUUAGUGCCUAUGCGAUUGUGGUGCGUGCCAGCGAUGCCUUCUGGAAUGGUGCCGCUCGCAAGCACUAUGAGGGCUUGGCCAAAGCCUUCCCUGGCACCCUAUUUGUGCGUAAAUUCAAUUUCGCCAAGGAUGUGCAGGAGCGGCUCACUAAACUGCUCGGCACUGAGGUGGCCACUGAGAUAAUUGAGAAAUUCGAUCUAGAGGAGAAUGAUCUGCUUUUCCUCUGCAUUGGUCCCAAGGUGGAGGCGCGGAAUCUAUUGGGUCGCAUCCGCCUGGACUAUCACGAGUUUCUCGUGGAAAAUGUUAAGACAAAGAAACCCAACGACUAUCGCUUCCUCUGGGUUGUCGAUUUCCCGCUCUUUGAACGCAACCCCACCACCAAUAAGCUGGAGAGUGUGCAUCAUCCCUUCACGGCGCCGCUUGUCGAGGAUUUGGACAAGUUUGCCACCAGUUGCGAUAAUCUCGAGACCAUACGCUCCGAGGCAUACGAUUUGGUGCUCAAUGGCCAGGAGGUGGGCGGAGGCUCGAUGCGCAUACACGAUCGCGAUAUGCAGCAGUUCAUAUUGGAGCAAGUGCUCAAGAUACCCCACGAUCAUCUGUCACAUUUGCUGGCCGCCCUCGAGUCUGGCUGUCCCCCACAUGGUGGCAUUGCUCUGGGCCUGGAUCGUCUUAUUGCCAUAUUGUGCCGGGCGCGCUCCAUACGCGAUGUGAUUGCAUUCCCCAAGUCGCUCAACGGACGCGAUCCGCUCUCGAAUGCACCUGUUCCCAUUUCCGAAGAGGAAAUGAAACUUUAUCACCUCGCAAUACAGGAGGCUGAGCCCGAGGAGGACGGCAGUGUCUCAAAUGAUACAACGCACGAGCAGGAGGACGAUGAUCCAGAUGCAGUGCGAGCACCACCAUCUCCCAUGUCCGGCACCAGCGAAACGGAGCAGACCGGUACGGAAGUCGAUGUUAAGAUUGAACCCGCCGACGAUGUGCCAGCGAGAGAGACAGUGCCAGAGUCCGAGCCCGAGCCGGUGAAGAUGGAAAAUGUAGAGGAGAUUGAAACGCAAGCAGGCGAGCUGUCAUCACCAGUACGAACACCUGAACCGGUUGCAGCUGCUGCAACUCCUGCAACGUCAUCAGCGCCAACGCCAGCGACUCCUGGCCGAGCGGCGCCAGCGACGCGUGCCAAACGCGUGGUCAAGAAGAAAGUGUAGAGCACAUUUGUGUUGUGACAGCAACAGCAGCAGCAGCAUCAGCAGCGAUAAAGAUACGACUUAGCAUUUUAUCCACAAGCUCAAAAUAACACCAAACGAAAUGACGGUUCAGGCAACCGUCAGCCAACCAGUAAAAGAAAGUAUGAAAAUAUGAAAAUAUGUCACCAACUAUUAUGUCAGUCUCAUGUUGUCAGUGUAAUGUCAGUCAAUCAAAAGCAGGGCGUUGCCGUGGGGCGAGUCCUAGCGCUUAUGUGUAUGCCAUUGGCACAAUUUUCGUGUUCUAGUGGCUUAAUUGCCCCAACCACCCAUCCUCACUCCCAUGCGGACGCACUCUGCGCGCACGCCCACCUACAUUCGUAAGCCAAUUUUUAAUUAUAUGGCUAUUUAUUACAAUUUACAAAAUAUAUACGAACUGCUAUUGUAUUGCGAUUUGUUUGAAAAUACAAUGAAUCAAUUAAUAAGUUAUAUGCAUA